ACUCGAGACCCCAUACACCCAACCUUCGGGUAGUGGUCAUAUCACCUCUUGUCUGCAACUCCGAUUCUCUACCUCCCCGUGGUACUAGCUGGGGUGCGAGCAACCUUAGCGGAGAUCGGGUACCCAACCCCGGUGGAUGCUUUGGUCGCAUGCAGAAUGAGUUAGGGGGCUUCGUACGCGUCUGUUAUCCAUGUUAGGGGCGGCGUGCGGAGUGCAACAACGUCCUGGUGGUGUUCGGGACCCAAAACAGCAACAUCACGACGGUCCUCCUGCGAGAUAGUGGGGUUAGCUGCGGGCCUUGCGAGCCUGUGACUACAAAAAACAUAAGCAACGAACAACGAACAACAAAUUUCGGAUGGAAAUCGGCAAAGACCCACGCGACGAAAAGGGACUAGCGAUUGGAAACUUGUUUAUCUUUUUGAAAAUGAACAGAAAGUUGAAAAUUCGUAAAAAAUUCGAAAAGAGGGUUUGUUUAUUAAAAUGUUUCAACAUGUUUUCAAAACCCCUCUUCAACGCUUUGCAUUGAAUAUUCUGGGAAAGCGUCUACUUGAAAUAAAAAAUCCCAUCGAAUCUCCAAGUGUGGAAACUUCUAAAAAAUUCGAAUGUGCUGAAUCGAUUGACCGGAAAUUUCUUGUGUUAUUUUGACCAGAAGCUGUAAACAAAUUCUCAUACUUGUUCGACAACACUAAUCAGGGACAGAAAUAUCCAAUAUAGGAAAAUUCUCCGUUCGAAUUCAAUUUGGACAAAAUGGAGAUGACGAGCGUCGGCUUGGGAAACGAAACCGGAUAUUUCAUCCAGGAUCGCUGGAACGCAUUGCUGGAUGUCAUUGGUGACGAUCCGGAAUUCCUGUACGUUUGGGCGCUACCCACUUGGGUGCAUUCCUUCUACUGGGUGGUGGGAUCAUUGUUCGUGAUAAUGGAUCUGACCGGAAGGCCGCACUUCAUCCGAAAGUACAAAACUCAACCGGGAACAAACGAACCUCUCCAGAGGGGUCAUCUAGCGAAAGUAGUCCUAAUGAUUUUGUUCAACCAGACCUUCUUGGGCUAUUCGGUGGCGUGGAUAGGAUUCCAUCUGGCUGACAAGACCGAUGCCCCGGAUAUGAGGAUACUUCCCAGUGGAUGGAUUGUGCUGCGGGAUAUCUGUGCCUGUGUCAUUGGCAUCGAGCUCGGGUUCUACUACGUCCAUCGGUUUAUGCAUUUGAAGCCACUUUAUAAGCACUUUCACAAGAAGCACCACGAAUUUACAGCGCCAUUCGCCCUGGCAGCCAUGUACUGUCACCCGCUGGAACACAUCCUCAACAACAUGAUCCCGCCGAGUUUGGGCAUCAUGCUGAUGCGGAGCCAUCCGGCCACGGCUGCCCUCUGGUACCCGAUGAUGAUCAUCGAAACCAUCCGGGAUCAUUGCGGCUAUCAUUUGCCGUUUUUCUUCAGCCCCGAACGGCACGAUUAUCAUCAUGCGAAGUUCACGGAGUGUUACGGAACUUUCGGCAUCAUGGAUUGGAUUCACGGCACUGACCAGGGGUAUCGGAAGUCCAAACAAUAUCAGCGGGAUCAGAUUCUGUGGACUACAAAGACAGCGCGUGAACUAAUUCCCGAUAAAGAGUGAUCCAGUUCCCUGAAAAUUAAACACCCGAAGAGAGAGAAUUUAAGAUUGACAACUAUCGCAUGGUUUACCUGUUUUUUUUUUUUCUUCAGAAAACUGACAAAACAUUGAAACACCCUAUCAAAGUGAUAAAACACUAAAAUGUUGUGACAUGUUUUCGGCCGUUCGCGGAAAACUUGUACGGUAAUAAAUAAACAAAACUUUCAGAUAAAAAAAAUCGAAAAAAGACAAUCCAAGUUGGCGUCGCCUACUUUGUGGCUACUUACAUAUCUAAUGUUUUUGCCUGGUUGGA